AUGGUGCGUGUUCCCGGUGGGCAGUCCCUGCCCAAGAUAGCAUAUGUGGACCCCUACCAGUGUCGUAAGUGUGGGAAGUGUUUCUCCCAGCGUGCGUAUCUAACACGACACAGGGAGACUUUUCAUCAGAGUACCAGCAAUGCAAAACACCUUCCCCCUUGUCAGAAUUAUGGUAGAUUCUUCUUUCGUCGAGUCCUUUUAAAAGAACACAUUUUUGCGUUUCAUGAGGGAAGGAAGCCGUUUACUUGCCAGAAGUGUGGUAAAGCCUUCACUCGUCGAACGCGUUUAAACGCACACAUUUCCGUGGUUCAUACAAAGGAGAGACGAUUCACGUGCGAGAUUUGCGGUAACUGCUUCACGCAGCGAUGCAAUUUAAACACACACAUAUCUGAAGUUCAUGAGAGAAGGGAGCCGUUCACCUGCCAGAUGUGUAGUAAAGCCUUCUCCAGUCGAGCAGGUUUAAAUGCACACAUUUCUACGCUUCAUAAGAGUGAGUUCACUAAUUCUUCAACGAUAUUCCUAGUCGAUUUUUGGGUGCAUACUUACUAUUAUUCAAUGGUGUUGCGGAUUUUCCUGCUUUGUUCUACCUUUCCGAGGCGGGGACAAGGCUCUGCAAUGGCGAAGGAUGUUGUUGCGGACCCUAUUAACGUUCGAUUUAUUGGAAGUCGAAUUAGAGUUUGUUCUACUCCUCUUAAAUCAAGUUCUGACCUGAGAAAUGUCACGAUAAAAGAACUCAUGGAGUCAGCAGGAAAGAAGUGUGACUGA